UUUACCAAGUCCAUUCACAUCUUACGGUAAUCAGAAGUGUACGGAAAACUCGAAUUACAGCUUUCUUCAUUGUAAACGUAAAUGUUGGAAUGAAUUAUUGAUGAAGCAGUGUGGUUGCACUAUGACCCGUUCAGGGCACGGAACAUCUUGCUACGAUAUACCAAACCACGUCGAAAUCUGUGCAUAUCACUUAUGGAUUGAUUUAGAAACAAAUGAUACGUCAUCAAUUUGUGCAUGUCUUCCGAAAUGCAAGACCAUUAAAUAUGAUGUGGUAGUAUCAUCAACAGCAAGGAAAAACUACGACUUCAACGACAAUUAUGAACCCAAUGUAAUGGUUAGGGUAUUUUUCAAAGAUUUUACAACAACAGUCACCGAACAGAUUCCUAAAUACGACGGUGUCACGUCUUUAUUAGCGAAUCUUGGGGGACAAAUGGGAUUAUUUCUUGGAGCAAGUAUCCUCACCAUGACGGAGCUGCUAGAAUUUAUUAUAUUUAUCAUGUGGUCACUUUUUCAACGUCGAUCAAAAAGAAAUGUAGUUCAAAAUUUAAACUAAAGAAAUACCUAUGAAACAAGACAAUUAAGAUUCACAUUAAGGAUGUAGUUAGAUAAAUAUAAAUAUACAAUAAACAUGUAUGUACAUUUUUGGAAAUGCAAUUUCGAACAAUAAAUCCAUUGAUUUCGACGCUGAAAAUUAAAUGAAAAUAUAACAAUAUGGCCAUAAGAAUCUUAUUCAAACUUUGUAACAAGAUGGCCACUUGGUCCAUCUUCAAACCUUGUAACAACAUGGCCAAAAGUACCAUAUUCAAACGUUGUAACAAGAUGACCACUU